AUGGCACGUCUUGGGUUGAUAAAAACAUUGAAAAUGGGGCAAAAAUGGAAUGGCAUAAUUCUUUCUCAUGAUAAAGAGUUAUUUUUAUCUAAAGAAGAUGCACCUUUAUUGAGAGAAAUGGGUGUAGCAGUGAUAGAAUGUUCUUGGCAAAGGAUAGACGAAAUCCCAUCAAGAUAUAUUAGAGGAAGGAAUUUUAGAGCAUUACCAUACCUUAUUGCAGCAAAUUCUGUUAAUUAUGGUCGUCCUUGGAAACUUAAUUGUGCAGAAGCCCUUGCUACAUGUCUUUAUAUUGCAGGUUAUCAAUCAUAUGCACAUAUUCUUCUAUCAUAUUUUUCAUGGGGAGAGACCUUUUUUCGUAUUAAUUCAGAGUUUUUAGAUUCAUAUGCUUCAUGUUCAAAUAAUUUUGAUAUUAAAAUGGCUCAAGAUUCAUUAUUAUCAUCUUUAUCAACAGAAUAUUUGGAAAAUAAACAAAACUCUAUUAUAUUUCCUUCUGAGGACUCGUUUGAAGAAACAAGUCAUUCAGAAAAUGAUGAUAUAAAUUUUCAAAAAAAACAAACUUCUUUAUCUCAAAAAUAG